UGUCAUCCAUAUGAAACUAAUGUCAAAAUCAUGAGUUGUAAAUUGUAGCUCCACAACACAAGUUUUUAUUUUUAUUUAAAAAACUAAUGAGAUGUGAUGCAUCAACCAACAAGAGGAGCAGAAAAUAGGCCGAGAAUCACAUUAUAUGGGAGGGUUAAACAGUGAAAACCAGAAAAGUUGUGGGAUUAAACAGUGAAAUCAGAGAAGUUGUUGGAUUAAACAGUGAAAACCAGAAAAGUAGAUCAUUUUCCCACAGAGGAACAUGGACUUUUUUGCUCCACUCUUCCACCAAGAAAGGUAUGAUUGCAUAGUGUGCCCCUAAUUUAACACCCACCCUCCCCUCCCCCCCCCAAAAAAAAAAUUGCAGGACCAGUACUGAUGCACAAGAAUUACACUGUAAACCCAACAAUACUUACACACAAUACUUCCAGGGUGAUGUACUGUUCUCUUACCCCUUUCUGCUCAUCCUCAAACUAUAUGUUAUAGCUUCCUACUGGUAAUAUAUUCCCCAGAGAAUUGAAGCCCUAAUUAGGAAAAAUGUUGGAUCCGGCGAGUGAUUUGGUACCACCACCUUCUUCUCCCACAAUUUCAUCAGUUUCUUCUUCUGAUCUCGACACUGAGUCUACAGGUUCAUUUUUUCAUGAUCGGAGUAUAACGUUAGGGACGCUCAUGGGAGUUACAUUCCAGGCGAUCACGUUUAGAGCUCCAUCGAUGACUCAGAACCGUCAAUCGAACGUUGAAAGCUUCGUCGGCGCGGGGAGUUCUCGGAAGAACAGAAAGUCGAAGAAGAGUAGGGUGGCGGCGGUGGCCGCGGCGGCGGAAGAGGAGGAGCGCCGGAAUUGUCGACGGCGGAGGUGGUGGAGGCUUUGCAGAGACGAGUGCGACUCCAAGCCUGCGUCGCUCGGGGAGUAUCUCGAAGUCGAGCGGAGGUUGGGAGACGGAGCGAUUGACGGUGGUGCGGCCGCCGCUGCAGCGGCGGAGCUUGAAGGUGUUGUCAUUGACGCUCAGCCGACAAACGGAAGGACGUUAUUCGCCGACGGGAGAGUUCUGCCGCCGGUAGAAGUUGAGGAAGAAUCAUCGUCGGCGGGAGCUUUGGGGUUGUGUAGAUUUUCUGUGGCGUCACUCUCCGGAAUCUGUAGCCGUGGUGCUGGCUGCGUUGGAUAAGCAUAAGAUAGACUUAUCUUUAAAUUUUUGAUUUGUCAUUAAAUGUGUUUAAACUUUAUCAUUAAUAUAGUCAUUAAGAAGAUGCAGAAACUCAGAGAACCAGAAAAGAAUACAGUAACAUCGUCCGUAUUAGCCACGUGGCUGUCGUUUAUUCUUGUUCUAAUUUCUAUAUUUA